CGUGCAGCCAGGAAAAAGAGCGUGGAACAGUGAAGGUUCUACUCUGAAGCCAAAAGAGGACGACACCUCUGCAGUCAAUUAAUAUUCAUAUACGUUGAUAAGCUAUUUUGCAUUAGUUAGGCUAUAAUCACAGAAACAUUGCUGUGGCUCACUGUAGACGCGUCUAGGGCACAGUGGUCAUAGUCUAUGAACUUCCUGGUUGGUUUGGUUCGCUUACUACAAUGAGGCUGGUAGAUCCUGUUGAAUACACCAGGGUUUCGUAAACCGCGUGCUUCCAAUGACAGGUUAUUUGACUAGACCUAUUUACAUAAAACCAUGAGCUAAGAUAAGGUUUCGUUUAAGAGGCAGUUGAGGUUAUUUACAUGACAAUGAGUAUGCAAACACACCACGGACUUUGCUGAGUUUGAGCCUGGUGGAGCUCCGGUGAAGACGGACGGUGAUGUGUCUUCCGUGGCUGCUGCUGUUGCUGCUGUCUUGAGGGUUUAGAAGAGGGUGAAGAUGUCGGACUCUCUGUCAAGUUUUUUGCAUAUCGGGGACAUUGUGUCCCUGUAUGCGGAGGGCACAGUCAAUGGAUUUAUAAGCACACUUGGACUUGUAGAUGACCGCUGUGUUGUGGAGCCGGCAGGAGGGGACCUGGAAAAUCCCCCAAAGAAAUUCAGAGACUGCCUCUUCAAGGUGUGUCCCAUGAACAGAUAUUCAGCACAAAAGCAAUUCUGGAAAGCUAAACAAGCGAAAUAUGCUAAAGACAAAAUCGCAGAUGUGGUCCUCCUUCAAAAAUUACAGCAUGCAUCCAACCUGGAGCAAAAACAGAACGAGGCGGAGAAUAAGAAGGUCCAUGGAGACGUAGUGAAAUAUGGAAACAUCGUACAGCUUUUGCAUAUGAAGAGCAACAAAUACCUGACGGUGAACAAGCGCUUGCCUGCCCUGCUGGAGAAGAACGCCAUGCGAGUGACGCUGGACGGCACGGGCAACGAGGGCUCUUGGCUCUUCGUACAGCCCUUCUGGAAGCUGCGCGCCAACGGAGACAAUGUGGUGGUUGGGGAUAAGGUCAUCCUGAACCCUGUAAACGCUGGGCAGCCUCUGCAAGCCAGCAGGUAUGAGCUGUCAGACCACCCAGGCUGCAAAGAGGUGAACUCGGUGAACAGCAACACUAAUUGGAAGAUCAACCUCUUCAUGAUGUACAGCGAUCACAGAGAAGACGUCUUAAAAGGAGGUGACGUCGUGCGUCUUUUCCAUGCGGAACAAGAGAAGUUUCUGACGUGCGACGAGUACAAAGCUGGAAUCCAUGUAUUCCUACGAACGACGCUGCGGCAGUCUGCCACCUCCGCUACCAGCUCCAAUGCAUUGUGGGAAGUGGAGGUGGUGCAUCAUGACCCCUGUAGGGGAGGGGCAGGCCACUGGAACAGCCUCUACCGCUUCAAGCAUCUGGCCACCGGACACUAUCUUGCAGCAGAGGAAAACCCUACUUAUAAAGGAGACACAGCUGAGAUCCCAACUUAUACGGACAACACCAACACCAGGAACAACAAGUGGAGCCUGGGCGAGCGGAUAAAGUACAAACUAGUGGCGGUAUCCCACGGGAACGACAUUGCCUCGCUGUUUGAGCUGGACCCCACCACUCUUCAGAAGACAGACUCAUUUGUGCCCAGAAACUCGUAUGUGAGGUUCCGCCAUUUAUGUACCAACACGUGGAUCCAAAGCACCAAUGCCCCAAUAGACAUUGAGGAGGAGAGACCCAUCCGCCUCAUGCUGGGGACCUGUCCCACCAAGGAAGACAAAGAGGCGUUUGCUAUCGUGUCUGUUCCAGUGAUGGAGAUCCGAGAUCUGGACUUUGCUAACGACGCCAGCUCCAUGCUGAGCACCAUGGUGGAGCACUUCAACAAGGGCCUCAUCAACCAGAACGACCGCAGGUUUGUCAUCAAGCUCCUGGAGGACUUGGUGUUCUUUGUGGUGGACCAGACCAAUAACGGCCAGGCGGUGCUGGAGGUGGUGAUGGGCAAACCCAACCGGGAACGACAGAAGCUCAUGAGAGAACAAAACAUCUUAAAACAGAUCUUUGGCAUCAUCAAGGUCCCGUUGAAGGACAAAGGUGACGGCCCUCUGCUGCGAUUGGAGGAGCUGUCUGAUCAGAAGAACCUUCCGUACCAGCACAUGUUCCGCCUCUGCUACCGGAUCCUGCGGCACUCACAGGAAGGCUACCGCAAGAACCAGGAGUACAUUGCCAAGCAGUUUGGAGUGAUGCAGUCCCAGAUCGGCUAUGACAUCCUGGCUGAAGACACGAUCACUGCUCUGCUGCACAACAACCGCAAGCUGCUGGAGAAACACAUCACCAAGACAGAGGUGGAGACGUUCGUCAACCUGGUACGGAAGAAUCGGGAGCCCAGGUUUCUGGACUAUCUGUCGGAUCUGUGCGUGUCCAACAACGUGGCUAUCCCAGUGACCCAGGAGCUCAUCUGCAAGUGUGUCCUGGACCCUGUCAACCAGGAUAUCCUCAUUAAGACAGAGCGCAGGGCACGCAAGGACUCUCCAGACGGCCAGGACUCUGACUACCUGGGUCUGGAGGAGGCGGAGGAGGACGAGGUGUGGCUGGUGUGGAUGGACAAGGCUAAGGAGGUCCAGGAGAAGGGCGUGCGGCAGCUGGCACACGAGGCCAGACAAGGAAACGUCCACGAUGAGAACGUGCUGACGUAUUACAGGUACCAGCUGAAGUUGUAUGCGCGCAUGUGUCUGGACCGUCAGUAUCUGGCCAUAGAUGAGAUCUCCAAGCAGCUGGACGUGGACCUGAUCUUCCUCUGCAUGAUGGACGAGACGCUACCCUUUGACCUCCGCGCCUCCUUCUGUCGCCUCAUGCUGCACGCGCACGUCGACCGCGACCCCCAGGAGCUCGUCACCCCGGUCAAGUUCGCCAGACUCUGGACAGAGAUCCCUACCAGUAUCACCAUUAAAGACUAUGACGCUCACAUGGACUCUUCAAGAGACAAUAAGAAGAACAAGUUUGCCACCACGAUGGCGUUCAUGGAGGAGUAUCUCAACAAUGUCCUGAACGACGAACUCCCUUUUGCUAAUGAGGAGAAAAACAAACUGACCUUUGAGGUGGUGAAUUUGGCGAGGCACCUCAUCUAUUUUGGCUUCUAUAGUUUCUUUGAGCUGCUGCGUCUGACGCGGACGUUGCUUGGCAUCAUAGACUGCAUCCCCAAUCCAGCACUACAGGCCGCCUCUGUCCAGACGAAUGCCAAGGGGAAAAACAUGAAACAAACCAUCCAUGGCGUUGGGCAGAUUAUGUCCACAAUGGUGCUCAGAAAGCAGUCUAUGAUGCCGGGACAGGCCGGGGGGCUGGAGGGAGGUGGGGUCUUCAAGGACAGCAUCGACAUACAGGACGUCACCGUCAUGGACACGAAACUCAAGAUAUUGGAAAUACUGCAGUUUAUCCUUAAUGUCCGACUGGAUUACCGCCUGUCUUACUUGCUGUCGGUCUUCAAGAAGGAGUUUGUGGAAGUGUACCCUAUGGGAGACGCUGAUGCCACUUCAUCCAUAGAGCGUGCAGCUGCCAUCAAUCUGCAGUUCAUCGGAGAGCAGGCAGAGGCAAUGUUUGGUCUUGGGAAGGGUAACAGCAUCCUGGAGGUGGAUGACGAGGGAGGCCGCAUGUUCCUGCGGGUGUUGAUCCAUCUCAUCAUGCAUGACUACGCCCCGCUGGUCUCCGGGGCGCUACAGCUGCUCUUCAAACACUUCAGCCAGAGGCAAGAGGUCCUCCACACCUUCAAACAGGUCCAGCUGCUGAUCUCCACUCAGGACGUGGACAACUACAAGCUGAUCAAGAGCGAUCUGGACCGGCUGCGCACCAUGGUGGAGAAGUCGGAGCUGUGGGUGGAGAAGAAGAGCUCGGAGGGCAAGAAGGACAAGAAGGACAAGAAGGAUAAAGGAGAGGCGAAGGACAAAGGAGAGGCUUCUCAGGAGCCGGUGGCCCCCAAGAAGCCGAAACAGGAGAAGAACAACGAGAGCUAUCAGAUUGUUAAAGAGAUUUUGGAGAGACUUAACAAGAUGUGCAGCUCAGGGGUGUUUAAGAAACAGCAGCGCCUACUGAAAAAUAUGGGUGCUCACAAAGUGAUGCUGGAUCUUCUGCAGGUGUCUUACGACAAGAACGACAAAAAGAUGCAAGAGAUCAUUAAGUACACCCAUCUGUUCCUGCAACGAUUCUGUACAGGGAACCAAGAAAACCAGAUCCUCCUUCACAAGAACCUGAACCUGUUCCUCACUCCUGGUCUUCUUGAGGCGGAGACAGUGCAGCACAUCUUCUGCAAUAACUACCAGCUCUGCACUGAGAUGAGCGAGCACGUCCUGCAGCAUUUCAUCCACUGCGUGGCGACGCACGGCCGCCACGUCCAGUACCUCAACUUCCUGCACACCAUCAUCAAGGCGGAGGGCAAGUACGUCAAGAAGUGCCAGGACAUGGUCAUGACGGAGUUAACCAAUGCGGGUGACGACGUGGUGGUGUUCUACAAUGACCACGGCUCCUUCUCCACCAUGCUGGAGUUGAUGGUGGAUGCCAGGGAGGGCAUCACUGAGGGCAGCCCCCUGCGCUAUCACAUCUCCUUGGUGGAGCUGCUGGCCGCCUGCGCCGAGGGCAAGAACGUCUACACGGAGAUCAAGUGCACCUCUCUGCUGCCCCUAGAGGACGUCGUGAGGGUGGUCACGCAUGAAGACUGCAUCACGGAGGUUAAGAUUGCGUAUGUGAACUUUGUGAACCACUGCUAUAUCGACACGGAGGUGGAGAUGAAGGAAAUAUACACCAGUAACCACAUCUGGAGACUGUUUGAAGACUUUACCGUCGGCAUGGCACAGAUAAGUGGAAGACGAGACAAAAGGAUUCCCGAUGCGGCGCUGGAGAAGUACGUCAUCAACACCGUUCUGGAGACCAUUCAUGCCUUUUUCAGCUCUCCUUUCUCUGAGAACAGCGCCUCUCUACAGUCUCAUCACGACCUUGUGGGCCAGCUGCUCCAGGCUAGCUUGCGCCUGCUGGACUGUUCCUGGCUGCAGCCUGCACAGAAAACUAUGGUGGACACCUGCGUUCGCACACUCGCCAUCACUGCUAAGAGUCGCUCCAUCUCGUUGCCGCUUGAGCUUGAGGCCCAGAUGAACAUCACUCUGGCCGCCAUCUCCGCGAAUUCCCUUUCCCGAGCCAACCUCAGCCUCAAAAGCUCCUCGCGCUCCUCUCGCCCUACCGUACCCACCAACCCCUGGGACUACAAGAACAUCAUCGAGAAAUUACAGGACAUCAUCAACACCCUGGAGCAGCGUCUGAAGCCGCUGGUGAACGCUGAGCUGUCGGUGCUGGUGGACGUCAUGCACCAACCAGAGCUGCUCUUCCUGGAGGGCACAGACGCCCGCACACGCUGUGAAUCAGGAGGAUUCAUAUCCAAGCUGAUUCAGCACACCAAAGCGCUGAUGAACUCGGAGGAGAAGUUGUGCAUUAAGGUGCUCAGGACACUGCAGGAGAUGCUGAUCCGAUCACUCGACUUCGAUGAAAAGGGGAUGACGCUAAGGAAAGUGCUACUGCUGAACUAUCUGUACAGCAACAGAAAAGAAAUUCCCGAGAUCAAAGGAACAGGAGGCGAUGACUGUGAUUGGGCGGCCGUAGCUGCGGUGCAGUGUCGGCUGGACAAAGUGGGCGGGACCAAACUGUUUACGGACCUGGUGAUGAGCACCAAGAGCGACAAGAUCUUCCAGGAGUGUAUCCAGCUGGCCAUAUGCCUACUGGAGGGCGGAAACACAGAUAUUCAGAACUCUUUCUACAAGUUGAUGAUGGGCGACAAUAAGAGCGAGCCGUUCUUCAAGGUCCUGAACGACCGUCUGAAGGACGCCCAGAUGGAGAUCAAGGCCACGGUGUCCGUCAACGUGGGCGAGAUGAGCAGCAAGGCCAGAGACGAGCAGGACCUGGAACCUGGGUCGCAGCAGCUGGGUCUCUCCUCUGCUUCCCUGCUCCCCUUCGGCCCCGCCUCCUCCAUCGCCCCGGCAACAGCAGCAGCAGCGGCCGCCCCCGAGCAGCCGGAGCAGGAGAUCGAGAUCGAGAUGGGGCCCUCAGUCACCAUCAUGAAGCCCAUCCUGCGCUUCCUGCAGCUGCUCUGCGAAAACCACAACCAGGACCUGCAGAACUUCCUCCGCUGUCAGAACAAUAAGACCAACUACAACCUGGUGUGCGAGACGCUGCAGUUCCUGGACAUCAUGUGUGGCAGCACCACGGGGGGCCUGGGGCUGCUCGGCUUCUACAUCAACGAGAGGAACGUGGACCUCAUCAUUCAGACUCUGGAGACACUCACAGAGUACUGCCAGGGGCCCUGUCAGGAGAACCAGACCUGCAUUGUGACCCAUGAGUGUAAUGGCAUUGACAUCAUAACGGCCCUCAUCCUGAAUGACAUCAGCCCUCUCUGUCGCUACCGCAUGGAGAUGGUCCUGCAACUGAAGGACAACGCCUCCAAGCUGCUGCUGGCGUUGAUGGAGAGUCGGCAUGACAGCGAGAACGCUGAGCGGAUCCUGCUUAAUCUCCGACCCCGGGAACUGGUGGAGGUUAUCAAGAAAGCGUAUCUACAAGAAACAGAAGAGACCGAAGAAGAAGGGGAGGUUUUACCACAAGAAGUUGGACACAACAUCUACAUCCUCGCUUUGCAGUUGGCAAGGCACAAUAAAAUCCUGCUGAGCCUCCUGAAACCUCAAAAGAAGAGCAAGGAUGAUGAAGAGGAAGGCAUUGGCUCCAUGCUGACCCUGAACAACAGGCAGUUCUCCCAGAUGCUGACGUCUGGCGGCCAGGAGGAGAAGCCGGAGGAGGAGCCACUGGAGUUUUACGACAAACACACGGCUCAGAUCGAGAUUGUGCGUGACGACCACAGUAUGGAGCAGAUCGUGUUCCCCAUCCACCCCAUCUGUGAGUACCUGACGGAGGAGUCGAAGGUGCGCGUCUUCAACACCACGGAGCAGGACGAGCAGGGCAGCAAGGUCACGCACUUCUUCGAGCAGACCUCUUUCCUGCACAACGAGAUGGAGUGGCAGAAGAAGCUGCGCAGCAUGCCGAUACUGUACUGGUUUUCGGGCCGCAUGACGUUGUGGGGCAGCAUCUCCUUCAACUUGGCCGUCUUUAUAAACCUCAUCAUCGCCUUUUUCUAUCCAUACAACUCUGGCGAGUUGAUAGGUACCUUGGACACGUCUCUGUUGUCCAUGAUGUUCUGGGUGUUUGCGGGCCUGUCUGUGAUGGGCCUGCUGUCCCAGCGCUACGGGCUGCGGCCCCUGACUGUGGCCCUCAUCCUGCGCUCCAUAUACCACUUCGGCAUCGGGCCCACGCUCAUCCUACUGGGCACCCUGAACCUCAUCAACAAGAUUGUCUUCGUGGUGAGUUUUGUGGGCAACAACGGCACGUUCAUCAUGGGCUACCGUGCCAUGUUCCAGGACGUGGAGUUCCUCUAUCACCUGGCCUAUGUGCUGACCAGCACGCUGGGACUGUGUGUACACGAAUUCUUCUACAGCAUCCUGCUUUUUGAUCUAAUCUACCGGGAGGAGACGUUGUUUAACGUGAUCAAGAGUGUGACGCGUAACGGACGCUCCAUCCUGCUAACGGCUCUGCUGGCCCUCAUCCUGGUCUACCUCUUCUCCAUCGUGGGCUUCCUCUACCUCAAGAACGACUUCAUCAUGGAAGUCGACCCUCUACCAAGUCUGGCCGGUGAAGGCGAGGAGGGAGAGGAGGGUGACAACACAGAGGGUGCCUGUGACACCCUGCUCAUGUGCAUCGUCACCGUGCUGAACCACGGCCUCAGGAACGGAGGAGGCGUCGGAGACGUGUUGCGCAGACCAUCCAAAGAAGAGACCUUGUUUCCCGCUCGUGUGGUCUACGACCUCCUCUUCUACUUCAUCGUCAUCAUCAUCGUCCUCAACUUGAUCUUCGGAGUCAUCAUUGACACCUUUGCUGACCUCCGUAGUGAGAAACAGAACAAAGAUGAGACGCUGAGGAACACCUGCUUCAUCUGUGGUUUGGAGAGGGAUAAAUUUGAUAACAAGACGGUGUCAUUUGAAGAACACAUCAAACUUGAACACAACAUCUGGAACUACCUGUAUUUCAUAGUGCUCAUACGGGAGAAAAACAAGACAGACUACACGGGUCCAGAGAGUUACGUGGCCCGUAUGAUCAAGGAACUGAACCUGGACUGGUUCCCGCGCAUGCAGGCCAUGUCUCUGGUGGUAACCGAUGGCGACGGAGAGCAGAACGAGAUGAGGAACCUCCAGGACCGGCUGAGUAUGACCAUGAAGGUGGUGACCCAGCUCACUGGACAGCUCAACGAGCUCAAGGAACAGAUGACGGAGCAGAGGAAGCGGCGGCAGAGGAUGGGCUUUGUGGACGUGCAGCAGGCCAGUGGACCCAGCACCUCCCUGGCCCCCAGCAUGGCAGCCGGCAACCUCCAGAUGCAGAAGUCUGAACGACCCGCACACUAGCUAGCACAUGGACGCAGUGACUGCCAAGUAGCCUUCGUCUACGCUCCUCCCGCCAGUCAUAUGUGUAUUUAUUAUAUUGUUAUUAGCAGGAAACCUCCAGAUGCAGAAGUCGGAACGGCCCUCACACUAGCCAGCACAUGGACACAGUGCCAAGUAGCCUUUGUCUACGCUCCUCCCGCCAGUGAUAUACGGAUUUAUUAUAGCAGAUGCAGAAGUCUAUAUUAUUAUUAGCAGGAAACCACCAGAUGCAGAACUCUGAACGGCCCUCACACUUGGCGGCGCAUGAAUGCAGUGCCAAGUAGCUGCAACCGUUCAAAGAUCCAUGCACAUCAACUUCUAGGCGCUGGUAAACAGGGGUGCAUUUCUCGAAACCAUAGUUGCUAACUACAUAAGCUACUUUGUUGUUUGCAAUGCAAUUUCCCAUUGGGAACUACCGAAGUUGCUAACAGGCUAACAACUACGCUUUCCAGAAACGCACCCCAGGAGUGUUCAAUACUUCAAAAGAAAGAAGUGUACCGCACACUUGUUUGACAUUUUGCUCGUUUAUUCAGAGGGAACAGCCUGGCCCUGACGAACCUGAUGACGCACAGAAGCGAAACGCGUUGUUUGCUCUGAAUUAACGAGCAAAAAGUCAAACAAGUGUGCGGAAAACUUUUCUCUUUUGAAGCAGUGCCAAGUGGGCUUCGUCUUCGCUCCUCCUGCCAGUGCCAUAUUUAUUAUAUUAUACUGUAUAUAGUGUAUACUAUAGAAUGUGUGUGGUCUAUCCCUACUCUUUCAUACAUGGCAGGGACCGGGCAGCUGAUUCGCUGUAGGGGGUGACGACCUGUAGUGGGUACAGUAGUAUGUAUGUCAGGGGUGGGGAACCCAUGUCUCGAGGGCCAUUUGCAGCCUUUGAGGCCGUCUUAUAUGGCCCCUGACAUAAUUUUAAUGUUAUGGAGCUUCACAUGGUAUAUGAUGUGUUUUGUAAAGAAAUGUUAGAAAUUAUAUUUGCAAUACAAUUAAAUUAUAUUUUCAGGGAACCUAGUGGAGGUGGGUUCUGACUUCUGAAGUAAAGAUGGCCGUCUUCAAUGUAGGCCUAAAGUGCAGGGGGAAAUCCUGGUUUAUGUUCAUAGUAAGGCCCUUGGAGGACUUUAUAAAAUUUGGAGUGGCCCCUCGAAUGAAAAACGAUUUCUGGUGAGAAAUGCAGAUCCAUGCAGUAUGUGGAUGUUUAUCCCAAAAAAAUGUUUUAUAUUAUUCAGCAGGAUAGAUGUGGCCAAAGUGCACCGCCCUGUAGCCUUGGGCCAGGGACAUCGCCUUCAACCUUAUCCCCAUCCCCCACUCACUCCGCUUAUGAGCCAUGCCUUAUGUGCCCUUGGGCAAGGCACUUAACCAGGGACUGAAACCAAUACCCUGUACCUAAAUAUACUGCAAGUUGCUUUGGGAAAAAAGAAUCAGCUAAGUGGAAUGGAAUGGAAUGGAAUGGAAUGCUCCUGCAGGUUGGCAGUGGAAUAGUAUGUCAUAAGUAAGAGACUACAGAGAGAUAGUCCAGUUCUGCAAACUUGUUCAGUGAUGUGUAAUAGCCCAUGGGGACCAAGACAGCAUGUUCAAAAGUGCCUUUCGGGGCCCUACUGUGGCUCUAAUGGGGGCGCCUCGUCUGGCUGCUACUCCGGCGACCCAGGUUCAAUUCCAGCUCGGGUCGUUUGCCGACCCUUCCCCGUCUCUCUCUCCCCAUAAACAUUUCCUCUCUUUCUACUGUCCUGUCACUAAUGAAGUCUAAAAAUGCGCCAUACCAUUAGGUCGGGGACCAGGGUUCAAUUCCGUCCCUAUGCUGAUUCCAGAUUAUCCCCCAUCUCUCUCUCUCUCUCUCUCUCUACUGUCCUAUUUGUCUCUCAUCAAUCAUUUCCUGUCUCUCUCUCUCUCCCUGCCCUAUCUGAAUAAAAAAGGUGUAAAAGCCCAAAAAAAUAUCUGGUGAUUAAGUACAUUUUACCCUGUUACGAGUUAAAGAAAUACUAUGCAACUUUUUGUGAGCCACUGGGUUUUGUGAAUGUUGAUUUUAAUAUUAAAGGGACAGU